GUCACCUCAGAUAUUCGAUCCGUAUGGAAGUUCCCGGUUUCGAUGUUCAUCGCGAACAUCAACCCCAUGGAAGCAUGAUUCAAAGCUUCUUCGCUUUCUGUCCUUCACAGGAAACAUUAACAACAUCAGCUACAACUCACUUCAACAUGGAGUCAUGGGAUGGAAACUCAUCAUGUUCUCAAUUCUCACCCAACACUCAAUUCCAUCUAUUCUCACCCAAUGCAUCGUCCCCUAGCAACAAAGACGAGGCCAGAGUGUGUCAGCAGAGUAUCGUCUUCGACGAGAAGAGGCUGAAAAGAAUUAUAUCGAACAGGGAAUCCGCAAGGAGGUCGAGGAUGAGAAAGAAGCAGCAAAUCGAAGAGCUUCAGUCUCAGGUUAAUCAACUUCAAACAGUUAACCGUCAGCUAUCGCAAAAGGUGAUCAAUCUGUUGGAGAACAACCAUGAGAUCCUCCAAGAGAAUGCUCAGCUCAAAGAGAGUUUCUACCCUUCACAUGGUUCUUUCUGAUGUGUUUACACCUCUCAGGAAUUCGAACGAUUCCUCCAUGAAACCUAAAUCAGCUUCUUAGAGAUGCUAAUAUAAGCAUAAUCUAAUUCAGGUUAUACAUAUACAUAAUUGCAUAUACAAAGCAAGUUUUAAGGUUAAAAUGGAUGAUAAACUG